AGCCAGCAUAAGCCUGAAUGGAACUUGUGUGUGGCAGUAAGUUCCACAGUGGCUGAGUCCAUAUAACCAGUGACAAGGUCCCAAGAAGUCAAGCACUAUUUUUUGAAUCUCAGAAUCUCUCAAGGCACCUACCCUUUUGGAAAAUGGAGGCCCAGCAAACCCCUCUUGAUUUUCUCCUUCCCAGCAGCGUGCCAUUUUCCACUUGCUGUCCUGGCACUUAGAGGUGUUACUGGGAAAAAAAGGAAAAUCUGUAUUUUGAAGGAAAGAAUGAAGCUCUCCUGCCUCUAAUGUUGGUCUGAAAGAGGAAGAUAUUGUGUGCAGAAGAUGACUCUGAUCCCAGAGUUCCUCACUAGGGUGGGAGGCAGUCCUGUCCUCAUGUUCCAAAUGGCAGCUCUGGCAAUGCUGGUAUCAGAACACAGCAUGCUGGAAAUCAUUUAUGCACCUACCACGGAGUACCUGGAGGAAGGCAAGACCCUGAAUUUGAACUGCCUCAUCAGGCACCAGCAGAAUGAAUCGUCACAAAUUGAGGCUCACUGGUAUAAAAGAGCAGAUAAGCAAAAUGAGACUGGGUUUGGGGAGGAGGUGGAAAGCUUGCACCUUUCACAAAACUCGGACCCCAGGGCGAAAGUCACGUCCUCACUGCUGCUGCAAAUUCAGAAAGUCAACCAGUCAGACAGCGGCCGCUACCAGUGCAGGGCCAAAAUAAAGAACACUGUCCUCACUGCUGUGGGCCACUUCAUCAGGGUGAAUGUAACAGGUGUGAACAUUGUCAAUUCCACAGAGAGGACAGAGGUUGACCUGGAAGAGAACAAAGCUCUAAGGGUGGAUUCUGGGCUGGAGAAAAUGUGGGCUGUGGUUACAAUAUCCUGGAUAAUUGUGUGUGUCAAAGGACUCAUACUCUGAAGACCCUGUGAAGUCUGAGCUGCUUUGCUUAAACAAGCUAAUGUUCCUGAGAUGCUUCGUUUCAUUGCACGUGAUUUGUCUGGGGUUCACGUGGUGUUUCAUGGACACUUCAGAGUUCUGGGGGAUUUAUUUCUGGACUUCCUUGUACUGGUUCAUUGGGAUUAUUAAUUUUACCUGUUAACCCCAUCUACCUCCUAGGGAAAGAAGAAUAAUUUCUACAUGACUUCUCUAGUCCUAGUAUUGAAAUUUUCUGACAUCAGUGUCAGUUCUUCCAGGUUUUGCCUUCAUUGAGGCAACAGAUUUCUCAGCAUUGUGCUCUUUGAAAUGAAGAGAUGGUUUCUUUCCAGCUGUAAUUUCUGGGACCUGCCUCCCAUUCAGAGAGGUUUUUCCUUUCUUCUACAGCUCUCUAUGCAAAGAAGGAUAUCCUGUGUUCCUUUUUCCUCUUAAACAUGUCCUCACAUCUUUCUAGUCCAUUUUCUGUGCUCUUCAGUUUGCUCUGAGAAAGAUGCAAAUAUUCUCACUGGUGUGAGCUUAAGGCAGGGGAGAAGGAAUGAAGUCAGUGUCAAACUCACUGUUCUGAAAACAGAAACCAAAAUCAGUUGUGAUGUUUUACCCUAACUCUGAGAUGUUU